AUGGCAGACAAUAUGACAAAGCCGAAGAGAAAUUCUUUAGUCGCGGGGAGGAUCUGCCCGGGUGGAGUCGAGACCGGCCAGACGUCAUUCGACCUUUUCCCGCUAGUUGGUUUCUGCCGCGCGACAGCUUCUUCCUUUUGCUCCUGCACCAUCACCUUCCUUACACAUAACACGACAACCUCUUCAACCUCCCCGAAGAUGGGUUUGGAGGAUUUUGAAAAGUCAUUGGCGGAGGAUCAGGAGAAACGACGCGCGAAAAGCGACCGAGACAGACACCAUCGGAACCGAGAUCGCAGCCGGGACCGCAGCAAGGAUCGUUCGAGGCACCACCGACACAACCAUCACCGCCGUCACUCAUCCCGAUCGAGAGAACGCGAGUCCGAAAGACACAGAGGAUCGCGCCAUGGCGAUGACGAUGGACAUCGACACAAACGGUCUCGUCACUCAUCGGACCACGGCGACGAUCGAGACCACACUCACAAACGGCGGCACCGAGGGGAAGAGAGAGAGGAUGAUGGAGGUUUGCCUGUGAAGGAAGUAAUCCAGGAGGAACCGAAUCGUCUAAAAAGAGAUUCAUGGAUGGAAGCGCCCUCCGCGCUUGAUGUGGAUUACGUACAACGACGCGAUACCACGCGCCUGCAGGAGGAACAGAAGCCGAAGAUGCUCCAAGCGGAUUUCGAACUCAAAAUUCACGGCAGAGAGCUGAACAGCCACUUGCGCGAUCUAAAAGAUGGAAAGGCGUUGGAGGAGAUCGAACAAGAACCGGCUCAGCACGAGGUUGAUUACACUAUUGGCGAUGCCGGCUCGAAAUGGAGAAUGACCAAGUUGAAGGCCGUCUACAGGGAAUCCGAAGAGAGCGGCAGAUCGGCAGAAGAAAUUGCAUUGGAACGCUUUGGGGACCUGCGAUCCUUCGAUGAUGCUCGGGAGGAGGAGGCGGAGUUAGAACGCCGCGAAACCUACGGUGAAGGGUAUGUGGGUAAGGAGAAACCUACGGGGGAACUAUUUCAAGAAAGAAAGCUUGAGCAAAAUGUUCAUCGUGACCCUCAUGAGCAUGUACGAAGCCCUGCACGGGAACUCGAUGCACAGGGACAAGGCAAACCUAUGGACACCGAGCCUCCUUCUAAUACCACGCAGCCCUUGGACCUGACGACUCUCAACCGGCUGAAGGCUCAAAUGAUGAAGGCUAAGCUCAAGAAAUCGGCGGACGCUGCCGAACUCGAAGAGCAGUAUAACGCUGCGGCGGCAGCAAUGGCAAACCAGAAGGAAUCCGACGUCGUCGUACUAGGCGUCAAGGAUAAUCGAAUGCUCGCUGGAGCGAAAAACGAAGUGAAAGCAGUGGACAACAAAAGGGGGCGAGAGCGUGGCAAAGUGGAGGACAAUGAUGACAUGAGCAUCGACGACAUGCUACGGGAAGAGCGACGGACACGAGGGCAAUUUGGCGGGGACGGACGAAAACUCGCCGAGAGAAUAGCCAAGGAUGGUAAAUUUGAGAAUGACUUGGAAUAUAUGGAUGACAACGCCUCGAAAUUGGCCAAGCGAGUUCAUCGGUCUGAGAUCGACAUCAGAAAUACUUCCAUCAAUGAAUUCCAGAAGAUGAAUCGGAUUCUCGACAACUGUCCCCUCUGUCACCAUGAAGAUACCAACACUCCCCCGAUCGCCCCCGUGGUGUCAUUGGCGACACGGGUCUAUAUGACGCUCCCAACCGAACCCGAGCUCAACGACGGCUGUGCCACCAUUGUCCCCAUUCAGCAUCGAACGAAUCUCCUAGAAUGUGACGACGAUGAAUGGGAGGAGAUCCGCAACUUCAUGAAGAGCUUGACCCGCAUGUAUCAUGAGCAAGGCCGCGAUGUCAUCUUCUACGAGAAUGCGGCCCAGCCUCAUCGAAAGAGACACGCAACCAUGGAGGUUGUCCCAUUACCCUACAGCCUCGGAGAGACUUCUCCAGCCUUCUUCAAGGAGGCUAUUCUCUCCGCGGACUCCGAAUGGACUCAGCAUCGAAAAUUAAUCGACACGGCAGCCAAGGCCAAACAAGGGCUAGGCCGGUCUGCGUUCCGACGUACUCUGGUCAAGGAGAUGCCUUACUUCCACGUCUGGUUUGAGCUGGACGGAGGAUUGGGCCACGUCGUGGAGGACGAGAACCGAUGGCCCAAAGGAGACCUGUUCGCCCGCGAGGUGAUCGGAGGAAUGCUGGACGUGGGCCCAGAGGUGAUCAAGCGACAAGGGCGCUGGCAUCGGGGAGGAGACCGACGCGUUGACGGAUUUAAAAAGCGGUGGAGGAAGUUCGACUGGACGAGGGUUCUGAUGGAGGGAUGA